CGCCUGCGCAGGAAGUCGUGGCCCAGCGUGCAUGUUGGGUUACCCUCACUGACAGGCACAGGAACGAGGUCGGAGGGCAGAGUACGCGGGAGCCGCACGGGGGCCAGAACAGCUGCUGACGCCUGGUCUGGGUCAGUGAGGAGUCCUGGGGACCGGGCCCGGCCUGGUGCUCCCAUACUCAUCCAACGCUCUCCUCACAGGGGAUGACCCCAGCGAGGUGCCUGCGCCUCCGUUCAGGGCGGACCCUGCAGGUUUUCUAUCAGAUGUUCCACCGUAAUAAUGCUGGAGUUAAGAAGUCUCCGUUUUCUUUGCUCCAAACCAGAAGACUUUGUUCCCUGCAUAUAGAGUAGGAGUAAUGUUGGUUAAAAACUGGCUGGUGUUUAAAACUGAAGAUUGUCAUGACUGUUUAACCUAAACCCUAUUCUGAAGUAAAAAUAAUUGUCUUGGAAAUACUAAGUUGGGUAACCCACAUUUGCUUUUGGAACCAUGAAAAUUUUACUUGUUUUUGACUUUGACAAUACAAUCAUAGAUGAUAAUAGUGACACCUGGAUUGUACAGUGUGCUCCAGAGAAAAAGCUUCCUAUUGAACUACAAGAUUCUUACGAAAAAGGAUUUUGGACAGAAUUUAUGGGCAGAGUCUUUAAGUAUUUGGGAGAUGAAGGUGUAAGAGAAGAUGAAAUGAAAAGAGCAGUGACAUCAAUGCCUUUCACUCUAGGGAUGGUGGAACUUUUGAACUUUAUAAGAAAGAACAAGGAUAAAUUUGACUGCAUCAUUAUUUCAGAUUCAAAUUCAGUCUUCAUAGAUUGGGUUUUAGAAGCUACCAGUUUUCGUGAUGUGUUUGAUAAAGUGUUUACAAAUCCAGCAGCUUUUGAUAGCAAUGGUCAUCUCACUGUGGAAAAUUAUCAUGCUCAUUCUUGCAACAGGUGCCCAAAAAAUCUUUGCAAAAAUGUAGUUUUGGUAGAAUUUGUAGAUAAACAGUUACAAAAGGGAGUGAAUUAUACACGAAUUGUUUAUAUAGGUGAUGGUGGAAAUGAUGUCUGCCCGGUAACUUUUUUAAAGAAGAAUGAUGUUGCCAUGCCACGGAAAGGAUACACUUUACAGAAAACUCUUUCCAGAAUGUCUCACAAUCUUGAACCUAUGGAGUCUUCUGUUAUAGUUUGGUCUUCAGGUGUUGAAAUAAUUUCUCAUUUACAAUUUCUAAUAAAGGAGUAAUAUGCCAACAA